AUGGCAGGUCAGCUCAGGUUCGAUGGCCAGGUUGUCGUCGUCACUGGUGCUGGUGGUGGUCUUGGAAAAGCCUACGCCACUUUCUUUGGAUCAAGGGGAGCUAGCGUUGUGGUCAACGACUUGGGAGGAUCGUUCAAGGGCGAAGGCAACUCCACAAAGGCCGCCGACGUCGUAGUUGACGAGAUCAAGAAGGCUGGCGGCAAGGCUGUUGCCAACUACAAUUCCGUCGAAGAUGGCGACAAGAUUAUCGAGACCGCCAUCCAGGCAUUUGGCCGAAUCGAUAUCCUGAUCAACAACGCCGGCAUCCUGCGUGAUGUCAGCUUCAAGAACAUCAAGGACGAGGACUGGGACCUGAUCUUCAAGGUACAUGUCAGAGGUGCCUACAAGUGUGCCAGGGCAGCAUGGCCACACUUCAGGAAACAGAAGUACGGUCGUGUUAUCAACACCGCAUCAGCUGCGGGUCUGUUCGGUAACUUCGGCCAAACGAACUAUUCUGCCGCCAAACUCGCCCAGGUGGGCUUCACCGAGACCUUGGCCAAGGAGGGCAUCAAAUACAACAUCCUCUGCAACGUGAUCGCGCCCAUCGCGGCGAGCCGCAUGACCGAGACUGUUAUGCCCCCAGAUAUCCUCGAGCUCAUGAAGCCCGAGUGGGUCGUUCCUCUGGUGGCCGUGCUGGUCCACAAGGACAACACGACCGAGACUGGUGGUAUCUUCGAGGUCGGUGGCGGCCACAUCGCCAAGCUGAGGUGGGAGCGGUCCAGCGGUCAGCUGCUCAAGUGUGACGACAGCUAUACCCCCGGCGCCAUCCUGAAGAACUGGGACCAGAUCAUCGACUUCUCCAAGCCACAGCAUCCGACUGGUCCUAAUGAUUUCGUCUCGCUCCUGGAGGAAUCCCAGAAGCUGGGCCCCAACCCACCAGGCGAGAAGCUCGACUUCUCUGGCCGCGUUGCUCUUGUCACCGGCGGAGGCGCUGGUAUCGGUCGGGCCUAUGCCUUGGCAUUCGCCAAGUACGGUGCUGCUAUUGUAGUCAAUGAUCUUGCCAACCCCGAUGGUGUUGUCGACGAGAUCAAAAAGCUGGGUGGCAAGGCUGUGGGCGUCAAGGCCUCGGCUGAGGAUGGCGAUACAGUUGUCAAGGCCGCCAUUGACGCCUUUGGCCGGAUCGACAUUGUCAUCAACAAUGCAGGUAUCCUGAGGGACAAGUCAUUCCACAACAUGGAUGACAACCUGUGGGACCCCGUCAUGAAUGUCCACGCCCGCGGCACAUACAAGGUGACCAAGGCCGCCUGGCCAUACAUGCUCAAGCAGAAAUAUGGCCGCAUCAUCAACACUACUUCCACAUCUGGUAUAUAUGGCAAUUUUGGUCAGGCAAACUACUCAGCGGCCAAAUGUGCUAUCCUCGGAUUGUCGCGUGCUCUCGCACUCGAGGGUGCCAAGUACAACAUCUAUGUCAACACCAUCGCGCCCAAUGCUGGUACUGCCAUGACAAGGACGAUUCUUCCCGAGGAGCUUGUUCAGGCAUUCAAGCCCGACUACAUCGCACCUGUGGUCGUCGCUCUCUGCAGCGACAAGGUGCCCAAGAACCCAACUGGUGGCCUGUACGAGGUCGGCAGCGGCUGGGUCGGCGCCACCAGGUGGGAGCGGACUGGAGGCCACGGCUUCCCAACCGAUGUUCCGCUGGUACCCGAAGAGGUGCUCAAGAACUGGAAGGACAUUGUCACCUUCGAUGACCGCGCCGACCACCCUGAUAAGACCCAGGCGAGUUUGGAGAAGAUCAUGGCGAACGCAGGAAACAAGCGGGGUGGGAGUGCCAAGAGCGAUGCUCCUGCCGGUGGAAACCAAUACCUAGACGCCAUUCAAGACGCCCUGAAGAAAGAAGGAAAUCCCACCGAGUUCAAGUAUGGCGAGCGUGAUGUAACGCUCUACAAUCUCGGCGUGGGCGCGAAGAGGACGGAUCUGCGCUACGUCUUCGAGGGAGAUGAGGACUUCCAAGUGCUCCCCACCUUCGGCGUCAUCCCACCCUUCGAUGCGGAAACGCCUUUCAGCUACGACGACAUAGUCCCUAACUUCAGCCCCAUGAUGCUGCUCCACGGCGAGCAGUACCUCGAGGUCCGAAAGUACCCCAUACCAACCUCUGGCAGGCUCCUGUCCAAGGCCAAGCUCAUCGAGGUCGUCGACAAGGGCAGCGCUGCUAUUGUCAAGCACGGCGUGACAACCACCAACGCCGACACGGGCGAGGAGCUGUUCUACAACGAGAUGACCGUCUUCCUCAGGGGCUGCGGUGGAUUUGGCGGCCAGAAGAAGCCGGCUGACAGGGGCGCCAGCACGGCUGCGAACAAGCCGCCCGGCCGCGCCCCGGAUGUCAUCGUCGAGGAGAAGACGACAGAGGAGCAGGCCUGUGUCUAUCGGCUGAGUGGAGAUUACAACCCCCUCCACGUUGACCCUGCCUUCGCCAAGAUGGGCGGCUUCAAGGUACCUAUCCUCCACGGCCUCUGCUUCUUCGGCAUCGCGAGCAAGGCUGUGUACGAGAAAUUCGGCGCUUUCAAGAACGUCAAGGUGCGUUUCGCCGGCACCGUGCUGCCGGGCGAGACGCUUGUGACUGAAAUGUGGAAGGAGGGCAACAAAGUCCUCUUCCAGACCAAGGUCAAGGAGACGGGUAAGCUGGCCAUUGGUGGCGGUGCGGCCGAGCUGCUUGACGGCUCCAAGGGCAAGCUCUGAAGAGGGCACGGAGGGGGGAUCGGGGAGCCGGAGUAGAAAAGAUUGAUCGAUGUGUAGGAUUGUUUCUCGUAUUUUCUCCUCUUCUUUCUUUCCCGCAUUGCUGUAUCAUAUGUGCAGCAUUCCGACCUUGUUGGACUUGGUUUUCUGCUGCAAGUCGUGUAUAUCUGUCUCAUUUAUUAAGGGAUUGACUCUAUUGCUUCG